AUGGCAGCCUCCGAUAAGAAUAGUGCGUUAGACUUUAAGACAUUCCACAAUGUCAUCAAUAAUCAAUUGACCUCGACGGCCGUGACCCGCCAUGGUAUUAACCCAGCCACCGGGGAGCCCAAUCCCGCAGUCCCCGUCGCCACUCAGGAGGACCUUGACAAGGCAGUCCAAGCGGCCCGCGCGGCUUUCAAUACGUGGUCUAUAAGUUCUUUGGAAGAGCGGCGCGCUGCCCUCCACGCCUACGCCGAUGCAAUUGAAGCUAAUAUCGAUGGAUUCUCCAAGACUCUCACCAUGGAGCAGGGUAAGCCCCUGUCUCAAGCUAGCACUGAAGUCCGUAUGGCGGGCACAUGGAUUCGGGGACUCAGCAGCAUUGAGAUUCCUACAAACACCAUUGAAGAGACCGAAGACCGCAGAGUCAUUCAACGUUAUAAGCCCAUAGGGGUGGCUGGUGCCAUUGUGCCCUGGAAUUUCCCGGUCCUCUUGGCUGUUGGGAAGAUCGUAUCUGCCGUAUAUACUGGAAACGCGGUCAUCGUGAAACCAUCACCAUUCACGCCAUACUGUGACUUGAAGCUCGCGGAGCUAGCAACACGGUUCUUCCCUCCGGGUGUUGUGCAGUGUCUCAGUGGAGAGGAUAAUAUGGGCCCGAUGAUGACUGAGCACCCUGGCAUUGACAAGAUCUCAUUCACGGGAUCAAUUGCGACUGGCAAGAGAGUCAUGGCGAGCUGCUCUAAGACCCUGAAACGUGUUACACUUGAACUGGGUGGUAACGACCCGGCGAUUAUUUGUGGUGAUGUCGAUAUGGAUACAGUAAUCCCUCAGGUCGGGAUUCUCUCGUACUUGUGCAGCUCCCAGAUCUGCAAGAUCAUAAAACGGCUCUAUGUGCACGAGGAAAUCUACGACGAGUUCCUGGGGAAGUUGGUGGCAUUCGUCAAGUCUCUCAAGGUCGGUAACGGCACCGAGGCUGAUGUUUUCUUCGGCCCCGUCCAAAACAAGAUGCAGUUUGAAAAGGCCAAGAGUCUCUUCAGUUCCAUCGACACAGAGAAACUCAAACCUGUUCUUGGUGGCACGAUCGAAGAGUCAAAUGGAUAUUUUAUCCACCCGACCAUCAUCGACAACCCCCCCGACUCAUCGCGUGUCGUUCAAGAAGAAGCAUUCGCACCUAUUCUUCCCGUUAUGAAGUGGUCCGAUGAGGAGGAUGUGAUCAAAAGGGCUAACGCGCUGGAAACGGCCUUGGGUGCCUCCGUGUGGAGCAAGGACCUUGAGCGCGCUACUCGUAUUGCAGACCGAUUGGAGGCUGGCGUGGUCUGGGUGAACUCGCACUUUGAUGCGUCGCCUAUGGCGCCGUUCGGUGGGCACAAGCAGAGUGGUAUCGGUGUUGAAUGGGGUCUGGCUGGACUAUUAGAAUACUGCAACCCGCAGACGCAGUGGUUGAAGAAGUCCUUCUAG